AUGCCGCAGUUGGUCGAGCCUGCUAACCUACCUCCUGCUCCAUUUAAUGGAUCCACUUCUGUCUUUAGCAAUACUACCAUUCGUCAAACACUCCAGGUUUCAGUAGCUGCACAGGAGAUCCGUAUCCGACUGUCUAAUGCAUUCGGGACAAACGAUCUCAAGAUCACCAAUGUGACUAUUAGCCUACCAGCGGGCCAGCAGGUGGGAGUCAGUGGUCUACAGACAGAGACAUUGAAAACUGUAUUCUUCAAUGGAAGCCCAGAUGUGGAGAUCCCAAACGGUGGGCUGGUUGUGUCGGACCCAAUGCAAUUCCCCGUGAAGGCUCAAUCGGCUCUUAUGAUCAACAUAUAUCUCGCAGAGGGACAGCAAGGUUUUUCUAUUACUGGCCAUCCUGGGAGUAGAACGACUUCAUACCUGGGUUUUGGGGAUUGGACUGCCGCAGGGAACCUCACUGACUCAUCUGUUCAAAGCACGGAUCAUUGGUACUUUAUCAGUGGAGUAGAAGCCUGGCUCCAUUCUGAGUCUAGCGGCUUCGUUAUCAUUGGCGAUAGUAUUACUGAUGGGCGAGGAAGCACGACAAAUGGAAAUGACCGUUGGCCGGAUCUAUUGCUGGCAAGAAUGCAAAAGUACAAAUCCACAUCAAAUAUCGGCAUUCUCAACCAAGCCGCUGGCGGAAAUCGAAUCCUACAAGACGGCCUAGGUCCAAAUGUGAUUAGCCGUCUUGAUCGGGAUGUCUUAGCACAAUCUGGAGUACAAUAUGCGAUGAUCUUCGAAGGCGUUAAUGAUAUUGGCGUCGCUGAUAGUGAUGCAGCCACGCAAGCGGAGAUCGAGAAGAAGCUUGUUGCGGCAUAUAAACAAAUCGCGGCAAGGGUGCAUGCCUUGGGUAUUCCGGUAUUUGGAGCUACUAUCACGCCAUUCGGGUCGUCGGCGACCUCCGACUAUGUGCAGCCUUACUCAAGUGCCGAGCGGGAGAGGACUCGUCAACGAAUUAAUAAAUUUAUCCGGGGAAGUGGCGUGUUUGACGCGGUACUGGAUUUUGACCGCGUGUUGAGGGAUCCGCAGGCGCCAUCUCAGUUGCUGGAAAAAUAUGACUCAGGAGACCAUCUUCAUCCUACUGUGGCGGGGUAUCAAGCAUUGGCUGAUUAUUUUCCUCUUGGGGUAUUUGAGUGA